AUGGUGCGUUGGAGGACCUGUUUAGUGCUGGCGAUGCUGUUGAUCCUGCCGGGGAGAGUCACCUCACGGUCUGAAGACGAAGAAGACGAGGAAGAUGAUCGUGGCGACGAAGGCAACGGCGACGAUGCAGACGACGACGACGAUGAAGACGUCGAGCCGGUGGAGAAGGAGGUGCCUGGCCGCAGGUCGCCGCCGGUGAUGCUGCAGACCACCAGGCCCGCGCCCGUCACGAGGACCACGAAGCGGCGACCACUCGAGUGCUACGUGUGCGCGUUCAAGCCGGAGACACCCUUGCGAGCGUGUCUGGAUCCCACUAAGUAUAGAGUGCACACAAUGACCUGCCACAGUGUUGAAGAUAAAUGCGUCACAGCGGUCACGUCAAAGGGCAGCACUUACGAGUCGGUGACGCGCGGCUGCCGGUCCGGCUGCGUCGGUUCGCCGGACACCACUUGUUGUGAGUUAAACAGAUGCAACAACCAAGCGUUCGCGAUGCCCACAGUGAUCGCGCCGCGUGCGCUCACACAAGAAAGCAAAGCUAACAAAUCUCUGCCCACUUCUGUUCUAUUCUUUGUCACCAUACUUUUGUUGCUGCAAACCGUUGUUAAAGUCACUAUUGUAUGAAUUUUUGUGUAAUGUAAGUUGCAGUGUGAUGUGAUGAUGACCUUAAAUUGUACAGUAC